AUGGAGAAGUCAGAAGACCUCCCUGUCAGCGAGAAGCACGCGCAUAUACUGCGCCGUCGUUCCUCGAGACGGCGCAUGUGCGGCGCUUAUGACGUUAUCUUCUUCGUAGUCCUCUUCCUUAUCGCGUCAACCAUAUGGUUCUCAGAGAUCCGGACAUUGUUCUCAGGCCAAAAGCAUACAUGUGGAAAGCCAAUAACAGUUGAAGAAAGAGCUGUGAAGAUACUGCAGGAGAAUCCACUUAUCGGUCAGCCAGAUGGCCAUAAUGAUCUCAUGAUUUUCAUUCGAGGCACAUACAAAAAUCACAUCUACAACGAGUCCGGCAGUGACUUUGCAGACAAAUUCGAGAACGGCGGGCUAGCGCAGCACGUCGAUAUCCCUCGCCUUCAAAAGGGCCUGCAAGGCGGUGCGUUCUGGAGCGCAUUCUGGCUUUGUCCACUAGGCGAUGAGACGAACUUUGCGGAUGACAGAUAUUAUGAUAUCGUCAAGGCAACGCUCGGCCAGCUAGAUCUCUUCAACCGUCUAGGUCAAAACUAUCCGAAGUACUUCACUCCGCCUAGAAACAGUGCAGAGGCCAUCAAAGCCUUCGAGAAUGGCGGUUUCAUUGCCCCAGCGGCUAUCGAAGGUCUGCACCAAAUCGGCAACUCGGUCUCUACGCUGCGACUUUACUACCAACUUGGAGUCAGAUACGCGACUUUGACAUGGAACUGCCAUAACAAGUAUGCUGAUGCAGCAAUUGAGACUGGAUCCGACUUCAGCGCGCACAUCGCAAAACCUUAUUGGAAAGGACUUAGUCCAGCAGGUCGUGACCUCAUCAAGGAGAUGAAUCGCCUAGGAAUGUUGGUGGAUCUUGCGCACGUUAGUCAAGACACUAUGCGCGAUGUGCUGGUCGGUCGAGGUGACGAAAAUUGGACUGGUAGCAUCGCGCCCCCAAUCUUCAGCCACAGCUCCGCAUACGCAAUCUGCCCGCAUCCGCGAAACGUACCCGAUGACAUCCUUCACCUCGUCAAGCAGCGUAAUUCUGUUGUCAUGGUCAACUUUAACCCAAAUUUCGUAUCCUGCAAGGCCUCGGAAACGCCAAACUCCUUCCCAGACUUUGUUCCAGAGAACAACACACUGGCGCAUGUAGUCCGUCACAUCAGACAUAUUGGAGAACUAAUUGGUUAUGAUCACGUUGGUAUUGGUACAGACUAUGAUGGUAUCGAGAAGACGCCCGAGGGAUUGGAGGAUGUAUCAAAGUUCCCCGACCUUAUUGCUGAAUUGCUGAGACAGGGCAUAAGCGAUGAAGAUGCUGCAAAGAUUGCAGGACGAAACCUUCUUCGAGUCUGGGGUGAGGCUGAUAAAGUGGCGAAAGAAUUGCAGAAGACAACACUGCCACUGGAGGAUGAUGUGCAGAACCAGUGGGCGUAUCAGCAGAUGUUGUAA